CUCGCUCUUCAGACGCCUCCAAUCAACACUCACUCUCUCACCGAAAACCCUAAACUCUCUCUUUCUUUCUUCACUCCCUCAUUUCGCGUCUUCUCUGUGCUUAGAUCGGCCAUGGCGGAGACUGAGACGUUUGCUUUCCAGGCUGAGAUUAACCAGCUUCUCAGCCUUAUCAUCAACACCUUCUACUCCAACAAGGAGAUCUUCCUUCGUGAACUCAUCAGUAACGCCUCUGAUGCAUUGGACAAGAUUCGAUUCGAGAGUUUGACAGAUAAGAGCAAGCUCGAUGCUCAGCCUGAGUUGUUCAUCCACAUUAUCCCUGACAAGACCAAUAACACACUUACCAUCGUUGACAGUGGUAUAGGCAUGACCAAGGCUGAUUUGGUUAACAACCUCGGUACCAUUGCGAGGUCUGGUACCAAGGAGUUCAUGGAGGCUUUGGCUGCUGGUGCUGAUGUUAGCAUGAUUGGUCAGUUUGGAGUCGGGUUCUACUCCGCAUACCUUGUUGCUGAGAAGGUUAUUGUCACCACCAAGCACAAUGAUGAUGAGCAGUAUGUGUGGGAGUCACAAGCUGGUGGAUCGUUUACUGUCACCAGGGAUACAGCCGGAGAGCCUCUUGGCAGAGGUACUAAGAUCACUCUCUUCCUGAAGGAAGACCAGCUAGAGUACCUUGAGGAACGCAGAUUGAAGGACUUAAUUAAGAAGCACUCUGAGUUCAUCAGCUACCCAAUUUCUCUCUGGAUUGAGAAGACAACUGAGAAGGAAAUUUCUGAUGACGAGGAUGAGGAAGAGAAGAAGGAAGAGGAGGGCAAAGUGGAGGAAGUUGAUGAAGAGAAGGAGAAGGAAGAGAAGAAGAAAAAGAAGAUAAAGGAGGUAUCUCAUGAAUGGUCCUUGGUGAACAAGCAGAAGCCUAUUUGGAUGAGGAAGCCAGAGGAGAUCUCAAAGGAGGAAUAUGCUGCUUUCUACAAGAGUUUGACCAAUGACUGGGAAGAGCAUUUGGCUGUGAAGCACUUCUCUGUUGAGGGUCAAUUGGAGUUUAAGGCUAUCCUCUUUGUUCCCAAGAGGGCACCCUUUGAUCUCUUUGACACAAGGAAAAAGCCAAACAACAUCAAGCUCUAUGUUCGCCGAGUCUUCAUCAUGGACAACUGUGAGGAGUUGAUUCCUGAAUACCUUGGCUUUGUCAAGGGUAUCGUAGACUCAGAAGAUCUUCCACUUAACAUUUCAAGAGAAAUGCUUCAGCAGAACAAGAUCCUCAAGGUCAUCCGCAAAAACUUGGUCAAGAAGUGCAUUGAGCUGUUCUUUGAAAUUGCUGAGAACAAGGAGGACUACAACAAGUUCUAUGAAUCUUUCUCCAAGAACCUGAAGCUGGGUAUCCACGAGGAUUCUCAGAACAAGGGAAAGAUUGCUGAACUUCUCAGGUACCAUUCCACCAAAAGUGGUGAUGAGAUGACUAGCCUCAAGGACUAUGUAACCAGGAUGAAGGAAGGCCAGAAUGAUAUCUACUACAUCACUGGUGAAAGCAAAAAAGCUGUUGAAAACUCCCCAUUCCUUGAGAAGCUGAAGAAGAAAGGUUAUGAGGUUCUCUUCAUGGUUGAUGCCAUUGAUGAGUAUGCAGUUGGUCAGCUCAAGGAAUUCGAGGGCAAGAAGUUGGUGUCUGCCACCAAGGAGGGUCUCAAACUUGACGAGAGUGAGGAUGAGAAGAAAAAGAAGGAAGAGCUGAAGGAGAAAUUCGAUGGUCUUUGCAAGGUCAUCAAGGAUGUCUUGGGUGAUAAGGUGGAGAAGGUGGUUGUUUCCGACCGUGUUGUCGACUCACCUUGCUGUCUUGUGACCGGUGAAUAUGGCUGGACUGCUAACAUGGAAAGGAUCAUGAAGGCUCAGGCCUUGAGGGACAACAGUAUGGCAGGGUACAUGUCAAGCAAGAAGACAAUGGAAAUUAACCCAGAGAACCCCAUCAUGGAAGAGCUGAGGAAGCGCGCAGAUGCAGACAAGAACGACAAAUCUGUCAAGGAUCUUGUUCUCUUGCUCUUUGAAACUGCACUCCUCACAUCUGGGUUCAGCCUUGAUGAUCCCAACACCUUCGGUAACAGGAUCCACAGAAUGUUGAAGCUUGGUCUGAGCAUUGAUGAGGAUGCUGGUGAUGUAGAUGCUGACAUGCCUCCAUUGGAGGAAGCUGAUGCUGAUGCUGAAGGAAGCAAGAUGGAAGAAGUUGACUAAAACUUUUAACCUUUCUCCACUUUUAAUUCUAGUAGCUAAUUAGUGAAGUUGGACAAUCUUUUUAUUUUUUCCAUUACCUUUUUGUUUUUUUUACUAUGUUUUUACGUUUCUAUUUUGGAAUGUUCGGCAGUUAUUUAUGCAAGUUAGGUACAAUUUGCUGAAUUAAUGUUUGAGCUAAGCUUUUUAUCA